AUGCUGGCCGGCAUCCUCGGCUCAAUCGCCCAAGCUGCAUGCAGCUUUCUGGCGUUAACGACAUGCGCAUCAACUCCGUUUGAAUUCCCUUCAUUACUAGACGCCACAUUAGACGAACUGCGCUUCGGCCUUGACAGCGGCUCAUUUACUAGCGUGGACCUUGUCAGAGCAUACAUUGCUCGAAUUGACGAAGUCAAUGGGCUCCUUCACGCAGUCAACGAAAUCAACCCAGACGCCAUCUCCAUUGCGUCGUCAAAGGACCGUGAAAGACUCUCAGGCACGGCACUUCCAAGCCCACUACACGGCAUUCCCAUUCUUCUCAAGGACAACAUCGCUACAGACGAUAACUUGAACAACACGGCGGGGUCGUAUGCACUUCUCGGAGCCAAGGCAAAAGAAGACAGUACUGUUGCGGCAAAGCUACGGAAAUCAGGCGCCAUUAUCCUCGGCAAGGCUAAUCUUUCACAAUGGGCUGGUAUGCGAGGUGCCAACGUCAGUGAAGGUUGGUCUGCGUAUGGGGGACAAACGACGGGUGCUUAUUUUCCAGGUCAUGAACCUUCUGGCUCUUCGUCCGGGAGCGCGGUUGCAUCAUCUGUUGGCCUUGCUUGGGCUUCUUUGGGGACAGAAACAACUGGAUCUAUUGUUGAUCCGGCGCAUCUCAACAAUAUCGUUGGAAUCAAACCGACGGUCGGACUGACAUCCCGGUACUUGGUGGUGCCUAUAUCUGAACACCAAGAUACUGUAGGGCCAAUGGCUAGGACGGUAAAGGAUGCAGCUUACCUGUUGUCAGUGAUUGCGGGAUCCGAUCCGAAGGAUAACUACACGUCCGCGUCACCCUUUGGAGAGAAGCCGCCGAAUUACGUUGCGGCUUGCAAGAAGAUGGGACUAAAGGGCAAGCGAUUGGGAGUGUUGAAGAACAUUUUGGAUCUUCACAAACACGUCACAUCGGAGCCCGCUUUCGCAGUGUUUAAUGAAACACUCGAGAUCCUCCGUGCUGCUGGUGCUGAGAUCGUGGAAGACGUUUAUUUUCCUGGCAUUAAACCAAUCGUGGGCCACGGAUGGGCAGGCCGGGUUACAGGGCAGGAUUUCCUGACUGAUCUUCCUCGAUAUCUUGCCAAUCUCAAGACCAAUCCAAACAACAUCACCACGCUGGCGGAGCUACGAGAUUUCACGCAAGACUACCCGGCCGAAGGUUUCCCCAACCGAGCUACUCAAUCCUGGGAUCGUGUCCUCUCACGAGGAUACAACAACACUUCACCGGAAUGGUGGAGCAACUACACUACACAACUUUACUACGCCAGCACAUUAGGUCUCCCAGGCGCAUUGAGGAACCACUCCCUAGAUGCAAUGGUCAUGCCGACCAUGUUCGCGUCCCAGGUGGCAGCCAUGACAGGCACACCCGUCAUCACCGUGCCCCUCGGCCGAGCACCAGAUGACACGCCCGUGCAGCAGGACGAGUAUGGGACCAUGAAUCUGACGGGGCCGAACCAGCCGUUUGGGUUGGGGUUUGCGGGCGAUUACUUUAGCGAGGAGACGUUGAUUGAGAUUGCGUAUUCAUUUGAGCAGAUUACGGUGAUGAGGAAUAGGGUGUUGCCGUUGAUUCAGCCAACGACGGAAUUGGAGGAUGUUGUGGAUGGACGGCUGGAGUUGUGA